GCCAACACCAUCAGCCUACAUACCCCUUUCUCUUCCUCUUCUCUCUUUCCCCGCCACCCCACCGACGACGACGAACGACCAACGAAUACUGGGAUGUCACCUCACGAAAACGGCGCAGAUGCGCCUCCCCGCCGCGCGAGCUUCACCCUCGGACCGGUAGGGUCUGACAAACACGCCGAUACCCCAGCCCCGUCGAGGUACCACGAGAAAUCUAUAUCGGAAGACAGCGAGGGCAGCGAUGGUUCGAGCUUGCACGGCUCCGGCAGCCCGGGCUACCUCCCGGACGACGUCUACGAGCAGACCAUGGGCUGGUGGCGGGCGGCGAUCCGGCGCAGACUCGUCCGGAGCGUCGAGUGGGAGUCGAAGGUCAUCGCUUCGAUGCAGGCCAAGAUACGGACGCGCUUCCUGGACUCGUACUUUGUGUACACCUCCUCUUUGGGCACCCACACCUUCUUCAUGAUCGCGCUCCCGGCCUGCUUCUUUUUCGGCCUUCACCAGCUCGGUCGCGGUAUCGUCUUCGUCGUCGCCAUGAGCGGCUACGUGACCUCCUUCCUCAAAGACCUCAUCUGCUCUCCACGGCCCUUCGCUCCUCCCGUCACGCGCCUCACCAUCGGCUCGCACCAUCUCGAAUACGGCUUCCCCUCCACGCACUCCGCCAACGGCGUCGCCAUGGCCCUCUUCGGACUCAUGUCCAUCACGCGCCUCCUCGCCUCCGGCGCGAUCGCCGACGGCGCCUACACCGUCGGCUGCGUGUUCCUCGCCUGGUACACGUUCAGCAUCGUCUUUGGCCGGCUCUACACCGGCAUGCACAGCUUCACCGACGUCACGGCCGGCAGCGCCGCGGGCGCGCUCGUGUGGGCGACCUACUGGGCGUGCGAGGACGCGCUCGAGGCCUGGCUCGCAAGCCCGGGCUGGGACGUGCCGGCGAUCGUGGCGACGGUGUGCCUGAUCAUGGUGCACAAGCACCCGCAGCCGGUCGACGACUGCCCCUGCUUCGAGGACGCGAUCGCGUUUAUCUCCGUCAUCAUGGGCUGCUUCCUCGGCCGCUGGCACUCGGUCAAGUACGGCUUCGACGACGAAUGGUACCGCACCUCCAUGCCCGGCUCCGCCUUCGCCGCCCCCGCCGACGCCGGGCUCUGGCUCCUCUUCGCGGCGCUCAAGAUGCUCCUCGGCACGCUCGUCAUCUUCGCCUGGCGCCUCAUCGCCAAGCCCACCCUGCACAUCCUGCUCCCGCCCACCUUCCGUCUCCUCGCCCAGAUCUUCACGCUGCCCCACCGGCGGUUCUACACGCCCGCGACGGACUACAAGAGCGUGCCGGCGGAGAAGGGGCUCCACCCGAUUCCGAGCGUGAUCGAUCUGCCGACGCAGGUGGAGGAGGUCGUCGACGGGGACGGGCUGGGGCGCCCGAGCUUGAGGGUCCCGAACGGGAUGAAGUAUCGUGGCGGCGGCGGCGGGAAGCAGGGCGGGGCGAGGGAGAAGGCGGGGAACGGCGGCGAGCUCGGGCUGGGGCUCGACUCGGACGUGGACGUGGAGUACGUGAAGCAUUACGACGCGGACGUUCUGACCAAGGUGUUCGUCUACUGCGGUAUCGCGCUCAUCUCGGUGGAGGCUUUGCCGAUGAUGUUCGAGCUCACGGGCAUGGGCGUUUUCUCGUCGUGACGUUGGGCCCUCUUGGACCGCGUUUAAUUCCACGGGGUGGUAUACCAUACGCUAUAUUUGUCACCUCGUCGUAAUGCAACGGUCACGGGAAACUGCGACGGAGCCCUCUCUAGCUCGUGGGUGCAUACAAUCGUGGCGACGUAAGCAUUGACAGGUGCGAGUCGGCGUCAUCGUUGCACCGAAGUUUCAAAUACUUGUGCACCGAUUGCCCCGCCCCAACCCGUUCGGGAACAAGUUCCACCAUUCGCCAUGAUUCGAUUGGAUUGAGGACUUCAAGUGGACGCGCUGCAGAUCAUUCGUGUAGCGUUGACCCUAAAUUAUACAUGUCGUAACAGCCAUUAUAUUACGUUUGAUUGCUC